UUCAUUUCCAGCUUCUAUAUAAAAGGCUGGUUUUUAUCAAAAUUAUACCUUGCUCAGAACAAAGUGUAUCCAUAAGUUCAUUGUAAGAAUAACGAACAGUUGGGGAAAAAGUUAUUGCCAAAAGAUGUCGUCCCCAAAAUCCAACAGUUCCAAGGGCAGCAUCCGUGACGAAGAUCUUUCCACGGAAUCGGUGGAGGUGCUUCGCGAAAGACUGAACACCAUGAAGCGGCUAAUUGCCGAACGGCAAAACAGCACCAGUGGUUCCGGCUCAGAAUUGUGGAAUCCGCAUAGCCGAUCGACGAGUUGCAGCGGUAUAAUUGAUGGCAACUUUUUGAGCGUAGCAUUUGGCGGCGCCCUGAUUGUAAUUCUUUCUGUGUCCGUUUAUGCGUUUUACAACCUGUACCAUGCGGUGCUGAAGAAGUUUCCUUCGCAGCACACGGAGUUGUAAUGGGAACGUUGCUCUGAGAGCAAGAUUCGUUUAUUGCAUCAAUAACCUUUAAUG